AGGAAAUAAAGUUAAUAUAUGAAGUUUAAAAUGGAAUAUUUUUGACCUGGAUAUAAAUUAACGAGGUUCUAUAGUCAACAGUAGACUCCGGAAAUACACGCGUAAUUCUAAACCAGACGAUUGUAGCCUUCCAUCUUGCACGAGACAGCUAUAACAAGAACUGGAGAUUAUUGUGAUAAGAGACUCGAGUCUUGAGAUUAGUAAGAAUAGUAGAAACAUAUCUAUAUACAUAGAGACAGACAGACAGACAGAGAUAUACAGAAAACAAACACAACCGACAAAAUGUAUAAAUCUAUUUGGAUAGUUCUCUUUAUAGCAACUCUGAUUAAGUUAGAGCAAAUUGAAGGUGGUACAAAAGAUUGUGGUCUAACUGCUGAUGUUGUGUUUCUUAUCGAUGAUUCGGGAAGUAUCUGGAAACCGAACUUCGUCAAACAGCUGCAGUUUGUGGCGAACCUGGUUUCAACCUUCGAUAUUGGUGUCAACAAAACACGAGUUGGGGCUGCAACUUUCUCCCGGGGAUACCGCAAAGAAUUCCUGUUAAAUACCCAUACAGAUAAAAAGUCGGUAUUACAGGCUAUUCGGGAUAUUGUGUACUCUUACGGCUACAGAACCGACACCGGAAAUGCCCUGCGCUUUGCUCGCAAAGUCGUGUUUCGAUCUAAAAAUGGCGCCCGAUCUUUCUUACCCCAGAUUGUUAUUUUGACAACCGACGGUGGCUCUUCCAACAGCCGUCUUACUUUAAUGGAAGCCAGGAAACUACGGGAUCAUGGAGUCAAGGUGUUUGCAAUUGGUGUGGGUGUACGGAUCAAUGAGCGAGAAUUAAAGGGAAUCGGAUCACGCCCGUCUGAGGAUUAUACAGUGAUGGUUGAUAAUUUUGAUAAACUGGAGGAUAUUCAGGAUCGUUUAGCACUAAAGGCCUGUCAGGUCGAAGUUGAAACGACGCCGAAACCGACUACAACGACGCCGAAACCAACAACAACGACACCGAAACCGACUACAACAACGCCAAAACCGACUACAACAACGCCGAAACCGACUACAACAACGCCAAAACCGACUACAACAACACCGGAGCCGACUACAACAACAACGGAACCGACAACGACAACCCCGGAACCGACCACGACAACGACAACGCCACCACUAACGACUACAAAACCGAAGCCUACGCCAAAAUUGAUCAAGAAAUUGAAACCAGCCAGUGGAAUGGCGCCACAUGUUGAGAAUGCUAAAGGAGUAAGUCGAAAUUCGGUUUAUGGAAUCGGUAAAGAUAAGAAGUCUUGGAUGGGAGCCAUGCACGCAAACAGUAUUGGGGUUAAAAAUGAUGGUAUGAUGAUGGGUAUUGAUAAAAUAAAUUGGAUGGGUGAAGAUCAAGCGGCUUACGCCGAAAAAUCAUCUGCUGACGUCAUGUUUGUCGCCGAUUUUGCUCAAGCUGACAGCCCUGAUGUCGCCAAUACUCUAAAUGUCAUAGGGAAUACCGCACGUGCUCUUGAUGUCGGCAAAGACUCUGUUCACAUUGGUUUUGUGUCCAGCGCGUGUCCGAAUUUGAAUUUUAUGGACUUUAACCGAUAUUCUAGUGGAAAAGACUUUGCCGACGCUCUGACAGGAAAAGGUGAUGUAUUUAUCGCCGAUUUAUUAUCCAAUGCUGUCAACGCUCUUACGGGAAAAACAGCCAGGAAAGACGCACAAAGAAUAAUUGUGAUGUUCAUCAGCGGGGAAGUGAAAGACCGGAAGGAAGCAGCACUAGAAAUAUCUCGUGCUAAAAAGAAUGACAUCGAGGUUAUUCUGGUGUCCACCAGUAAAGAUAGUGACAAAGAUAUCAGACGAUUAUCGAAGAAACCUCGACGAGAUCACAUCGUAUUGUUUGAAAAUUUGGGACUGGGUGUAGAUGUCUACACUAAAAUCAGUAAAUUUAUACCGAAGAAGAAAGAAGGCUACCCCUUCAAGGGUUAAUCCGAGGAUGGUGGAAAAUAACUGACUUUUAUCAUUUGUAUAUUAUUUUUUAAUUUACUGUUAAAAUUGUUUUUAUAUCAAGCAUAAAUUAUUCUCAUAUUUUGUACAAAUUUGAUCCUUUCCAAGCUUUCUAAAGGAGAGCAAGAGAGAGAGAGAGGCGUGGCCUAUUGAUAUAGAGCACGAGACUUCGUUCCCAGUAAGUUUUGUAGGUCUAGAACACGAGGGUUCGUUCCCAGUUUUGAUAGAAGGAACUCCUAUUGGUCUAGAACACGAGGGUUCGUUCCCAGUAAGUUUUGAAAGAGUGAACUCCAACUGAUCUAAAGGAUUAAGUCACCAAGUUUUGAAAGAGGGAAGCCCUAGGGAUUGAGUCAAUAAGUUUUAAAAGAGGGAACUCCCACUAAUCUAGAGCCCGAGGGUCUGGAUCCCAGUCAACUUUCAAAUAAGGACACUACUGAUCUAGAAGCAAUGGCGUCCCCACUAAGUUUGGUAGUUUCUCCUUGAAGGACGAAUACAUUUUGAACGAUGUGUCGCCUGUUGAUUUUUGGCCAAAGGCAAAUCAUAAUCAUCAUCGUCAUUUGAUCGGAUGUCUAUUAUGGCCAUCUUCAACAGCAUCACCACGUGAAAGUUAUACAGCAUUCUUCUGAUGACAGGACUGGAUCAAUUGAGUUGUCCUUUGUACAUUGAGGGCAUGAUCAAUUGUUCUAAGUUCUGAAGGUCUGGUGUUACUUCCAAAGGAACUUGAAAAAAUUGACCGAUCCGAAGCCUUAUUCAUGAGGCAGAUGAAUGUUAUAAAACCUUUUUUGCGAAGAUGCAUAUGAUGUGUAUCGUAGCGACAGUUGUAUCCGAGACUGGUCAAAAACUGGACUAUUAAAGGGAAUAAUGUGAUACCAUUGCAACAUCGGCCAAUAUAUAAUAACUGCGGCUUUAUGGAUAACAUUCACAUUUAAUAAACCUAGUGAAUGGUGUCCAUAAAGCUGUCUGCUAUUAUGGUAUUAUUAGAUACAAUUCGAAUCAUGUACCUCUUUCAAGCCGGACAAUAUUAAAUUGUUAGGGUUUUAUCCACGAUAUAGUACUCAUAUUGGGCAUUUAACAUUUAAGUGAGAUAUAUUGGAACAGGGUUAGAAUCUGUGUAACACUAAUAAGAAUAAACAAAACAGCCAUUAUGUUACCAAAUAUGCAAUUGCAUAGCUUAGCUCUUAGACUAUUUCAAUAAUUCGCAUGCGCGUAGGGGUCUUUAGAAGUGGGAAGAAACCGGAGAACCCGGGGAAAACCCACAAGGUUGGACAGGCGACCCACUCCUUGUCACGUACAACUGGAGAAGCGCAAUCACGCCUGUUGCCUCAAUGACAGACCUUAUGAUGACAACGAGCAAGCGCUAACCAUUCGGCUAUCCACGCCCCCACAUCACAUAGCUAACAAUAUUCGUUGUAAUUUUGUAAAUAUUAAUAAUAACAAUGAGAUUAUUGCAGAGGUUCCCAACCUUUUGUUGGUUGCGAACCCAUUCCAGAAACCAGCAUCUGAUCGCGACCCCUCGAUAAACAACCUUACCUUUGAGUGGGCAGGCCAGUUGCCGACCAUAGCUCUAAAAUACCAACUGUAGACUGUGCCCCCUCCCCCCCCUGUGAGUGGGAUUCCCCUAAAACUAGUUCCAUUUUCCAGAUCAAAAUGUUAUAAUGGGAGACUGAAGAAAAAAAUCGUGAGCGUCAGAGAGGAAAGAUGAUUGGCAAUGUAUUUGGCACGAGGUGUGUAGAUCAGAGAUUGUUAUGCUUUUCAUGAAAACAUAGCUUCUUUUCAAAGUUUCAGAGCAAUCUGCCACGACCCCAUGAAAAGUACUGCUGCGACCCAGAGGUUGGGAACCUAGUGAUUAUUGUAAUAUUAAAUGUUGUGAAUAUAUUAUGUAAUUGUAGUUAACUGAAAUACAUUUUUAUUUACAUGGUG